CAGUCGGCCAUAGUAGACAUGGCGGAUGUUAGCUUACGUGAAUGACGGGUGAAGAAGUGAAAAAAGAAAAGAGAAAAAAAAAACCGUAAAAUCCCCCGAAUAAACUGGCAAAAGCCCCGCGUUAAAUCCACCACCAACAGCCUCACCGAGUACCCCAUCACUCGUUCCUAAAAAAAUAACACCAGGUCGAGGUAUAAAGAAGUAAUAACUACCCCAAAGUGAAAAGUGUGUGUUGGUGGCCACGGGGUACGAUUGAAAGAGAGGAAGAGAAGAAAAAAAAUUUGUGUCAUAUGAUUAAUCCGGUAGGUAAAAAUGCAGAAUGUAGCACAAGGAACAACCUCGGAUAGCCAGAAGCACGACAAAGCUUGUGCUCAGGAAGUAUCUACACCACAGUCUUCAAUCUCAACACCGACAAAGUCGGAGACCGAGACCUUCUCCGAGCACCAGCCACGAUUUAUGACAGACUCGUCGGAAAGUGAGGAGGACAGUAUUUCCGAGGAGAAAAUUGGAGGAGGUGUUUUUAGUCGGAAAUUUGAUGGGCUCCAAAAAAGGUUCUCAAGAUUUUCACGUGAAAUCGAUUCUUCUCUCAGUAAAUCGCCGGAAUUUUUUCGUGCUGCCAUUGAACAAGCUGCACUGGAAGAGGAUCAUCAACUGGAGUCAUCAAAAUUUCUGCUGACACCUGAGGAUCCGGAGAGAUCUGUCGAUCCGGAGACACAGGCGAGACUCGAGGCAUUGCUCGAGGCAGCUGGCAUUGGAAAAUUAUCCUCUGGAGAUGGAAAACAUCUCGCUGAUCACGAGGUACUCAGACGUUUAACGUCCAGUGUUUCUUGUGCACUUGAUGAGGCUGCUGCUGCUUUGACACGUAUGCGUAGUGAUAAUCCGAGAAGUCAGAACGAAAAAAGAUCGCUCGUCGAGGCUUGUACGGACGGUGACGUUGGUACUGUCAGAAAAUUAUUGACAGAGGGUAGGAGUGUCCACGAGACCACCGAGGAGGGUGAGAGUCUUCUGUCAUUGGCCUGCUCUGCUGGCUACUACGAGCUUGCACAGGUACUCCUCGCCAUGAACGCCAACGUGGAAGAUCGUGGAAUAAAGGGUGACUGCACACCCCUGAUGGAGGCAGCAUCAGCAGGUCACGUUGACAUUGUCUCACUCCUGAUAGCCCACGGUGCAGACGUCAAUGCCCAAUCAACAUCUGGAAAUACACCCCUGAUGUACGGCUGCGCUGGUGGUCACGAGGACGUUGUCAAGGUACUUCUCGAGGCAGGUGCCAACGUUGAAGAUCACAAUGAGAAUGGUCACACACCCUUGAUGGAGGCAGCAAGUGCAGGACAUGUGCCAGUCGCUAAAAUACUUCUGGUGCAUGGGGCAGGUAUAAAUACACACUCGAAUGAAUUCAAGGAGUCAGCCCUGACACUUGCCUGCUACAAGGGACACCUCGAUAUGGUGAGAUUUUUACUGGAGGCUGGUGCUGAUCAGGAGCACAAAACCGAUGAGAUGCACACAGCACUUAUGGAGGCAUCGAUGGAUGGACACGUGGAAGUGGCACGGUUACUACUCGACUCUGGCGCCCAGGUCAAUAUGCCAACGGACAGCUUUGAAUCACCACUUACACUGGCAGCAUGCGGUGGACACGUUGAUCUUGCAAUGCUGCUGAUUGAGAGGGGUGCCAACAUCGAGGAAGUAAAUGACGAGGGUUACACACCACUCAUGGAGGCAGCGCGUGAGGGACACGAGGAAAUGGUCGCACUAUUGCUCAGUCAGGGUGCUAACAUCAAUGCCCAGACUGAGGAGACACAGGAAACAGCACUGACACUUGCCUGCUGCGGUGGUUUUCUCGAAGUAGCUGAUUUUCUCAUAAAAGCUGGUGCUGAUAUCGAGCUUGGAGCAUCAACACCACUGAUGGAGGCUGCACAGGAGGGACAUCUCGAUCUUGUCAGGUAUCUCCUUGAGUUUGGUGCUGAUGUACACGCCCAGACGCAGACUGGUGACACUGCAUUGACUUAUGCAUGUGAAAAUGGCCACACCGAUGUUGCUGAUUUCUUACUGCAAUUUGGAGCUGAUCUUGAGCAUGAGUCUGAGGGUGGUAGAACACCACUUAUGAAGGCCUGUCGGGCUGGACACCUCUGCACUGUUCAAUUUUUAAUCUCAAAAUUAGCCCGUUUAAAUCGUAAUACAACGAACAAUGAUCAUACACCACUGUCACUUGCUUGUGCUGGUGGUCAUGUGGCUGUUGUUGAAUUGUUGUUGGCACAGUCUGCUGAUCCAUUCCACAAGCUCAAGGACAAUUCAACGAUGCUCAUUGAGGCUGCCAAGGGUGGGCACACCAAUGUUGUUCAACUGCUGCUGGAUUAUCCACACAGUAUCAUGCUUAAUGCAGCACCACAUGGUAUACCACAUGGUGUUGCUUAUGCAUUGGCUAUGAGACAGGAGAAGAGCAGUGGUACUGUGCAGCAGAGUGGUGAUGAGGUGCAGGUUAAGGGCAAUGGUAAGAGUCUUCUGAGGAAAAAUCAUCGGGGUCCUGCUGUUGCUGAUGUUGCAUUGACAUCAGCUGAGGCACAACAGGUCAGAACACAGCCAGUAGGUGAGGCUGGAGUUGCUGCUGGUGCUGUUGAUGAUACCAAUAUAUUGGAUAAGGGGAGUGGUGGAUUUGGAGGACUCACUGAGCCCAAUAUCACACUCAGUCCAGGACAGGCUGCUGGUACCAGUGGUGAUGGCAGAAAGAGUGCAAGGCACGAGCAGAUCAUGCACAAACAGCAGAUUCUUGAGGAGCUACAGAGGGUAGAGCGUCAGCUCCAGUACAAGGGAGCUGGACACCUAUUUCUCGGUACUCCAAAUAUUGAUGAACAGAAACGACAAGUCUCAGCUGGUGAUGGAGCUGACUCCACCGAUGCUAUACUGCCAGGAAUGAUGAAUAUCGACUUGCCAGCUCAACCAACCACUGCGCCCUGUGGACUAGUCUGCGGUACAUCAGAAUUAUCAGAUGACGAAGAUCCAGACGCACUGGCCUUGUGUCAAGCGAUAAACCGAGGCAUUAAUAUUGGCAAGACACUAAUGUUGAGUGAGAAGGGGAGGGCAGCAAUGAGAUUACUACCCCAAUCACCAAACGAUACAGUACCAUCAACAUCAGCUGUUACAACACCAACAGUUUUACCACUAGCUGCCCAUCCACCACCGACAUUUAAUUUUCCAAGCAAUGCACUCAGCCAAUUACCAGUCACCCAGUCGCAUCAAACAAUAACAACAAUAAGUGAUGUUAGCCAGAAUACAGCAAUAAGUGAUCGUCCAAAGGCUAAACCAGUGUCCAAGAAGGAGGGAAAGAAUUAUCGUAAAUCAGCUAUUGCUUAUGGAAGAUUUUUACAACGUGCUGCUGUACUUGAAGCUGCACAACAGGAGAAACAACAGGCGAGCACUAUAUUUGGUCUGCAGCAGCAGUAUGAGGACAAACAGCGACAGCACACCUUUCAAGUUAGACAGGUACAUCAGUUACAGCAGUUGAAUCAACAGUUACAGCUUCAGCUCGAUCAGGUGCAGGUACAACAGCAAGAACAACAGCAACCACAACAGCAAGGUGGAGUGGUGGGCAGUGGAGAUGUUAUGACGCCAAGCCAACUUGUUGCACACCUCCACCCCACACAGACCCACCAAGAUAAUCAGCAAGAUCAGCAAACCAGCCAGCUUAAUAUACCGGAUAUGGAGAGUGAUUUAACGAGAUUGCACAGAGACAGUGCUUGUCCAUUCUUUGCUGCUGCACAGAAAGCUAAGGCACUAGCUGCCGAUGGCAAAGUACUCCAAUUAGAUGAUGGAAUGCAGAUACCUAUCGACGAGGUCGCUGAAAUUAUCGAAUCCAUUACCUUCGACGAUGUGCCUAACGCGGGAAAUGAGGAACCCGAUAAAGGGGAGUUGAAGAAAAUGGAUGUCAGGGGAUUGGACAGGGAUCAGAGGAGGGAACUUGCCGAGGAGUUGCUCUCUGCUGAUCAGACGACCAUCCGCAAGAUGUUUGAGCAGGAGGCAAGUGAGAAAGCAAAACGGGAGGCAGAACGCCUGGAUCCAAUAACGUUGGAGGCAUUCCAGCGUGGAUAUUCGUUUGCCCGUCGUCAACGAAAAUUGGAUAGCGAACCAUACGAGCCGCAGCCACCAACGCGUCACGUCUUGCCAGCCACCUUGGAUCGUCUCACCCAGCAACAGCAGCAACAACAGCAGCAGCAGCAACAACAACAACAGCAGCAGCACCAACAACAACAACAACAACCGCAGCAGCAGCAGCAGCAACAACAACAGCAGCAGCAGCCACAGCCACAGCAGGUGCAGGUGCAGCAACCACAGCAGGUGCAGGUGCAGCAACCACAACCUCAACUACAGCAGCAACCACAGCAGCAACCCCAACAGCAGCAGCAACCGCAGCAGCAACAGCAGCAAUCGAAUGGCUUUGCUCAGCCUUCUAGCUCAACCUGCAACGCAACGACAACGACAAACGUCAAUGCAGGCACCAACACUCCAACAACCCAAGUGCAGGUAGCAACCCAGACCCAGGGCCUUGCAACACCAGUCACCAGUGAUAAAAAACAGGUUUACACACCCAGUGCUGCAACGAAGGGUAAAAAAGCGAGAUAUCCAUUGGCAUCACCUCAGCCAUGUCCGCAACCAGCGACGACUGGAGUUUUUGGAGUAUCACCCCAGGAAUACAUCAAUGCCAGCAAUGUUAAUCCAGUGGGGCAGUACACCAGUGGUACUGUAUCCACAACAACAACAACACCAUCGACUUAUACCCCAGUGACACCCAGCACACAAUUCUCAGUGAUGGACGUGGACUCUGAAACUGACAGCAAUCACGAUACAGCCUUGACACUGGCCUGCGCUGGUGGUCACGAGGAGCUCGUUGAGCUUCUAUUGUCACGUGGUGCUGAUAUUGAACACCGAGACAAGAAGGGAUUUACACCGCUGAUUCUUGCAGCCACUGCUGGCCACCAGAAAGUCGUUGAGAUAUUACUAAAUCAUGGAGCUGAUAUUGAGGCGCAAUCUGAACGUACCAAGGAUACACCUCUGUCUCUGGCAUGCAGUGGAGGUCGUUUUGAAGUUGUUGAACUACUGCUGACACGCGGCGCCAACAAGGAGCACAGAAAUGUCUCUGAUUAUACACCCCUCUCCCUCGCAGCAUCAGGGGGUUACGUAAAUAUUAUAAAAUUACUUCUCAGUCAUGGGGCUGAAAUAAAUUCACGAACAGGAUCUAAACUUGGAAUCUCUCCUCUCAUGCUUGCUGCUAUGAAUGGUCACACUGCUGCUGUUAAAUUACUCCUGGAUAUGGGUAGUGACAUAAAUGCCCAGAUUGAGACUAAUAGAAAUACAGCACUGACACUUGCCUGUUUCCAGGGUAGACACGAGGUUGUCAGUCUUCUUCUUGAUAGAAAAGCUAAUGUUGAGCAUCGAGCCAAAACUGGUUUGACACCACUGAUGGAGGCUGCCAGUGGUGGUUACGUUGAGGUUGGCAGAGUUUUGCUGACAAAAGGCGCUGAUGUCAAUGCAACACCAGUUCCAUCGUCUCGCGACACUGCCCUAACGAUUGCAGCUGACAAGGGACACUGCAGAUUCGUCGAGCUACUGCUCACUCGUGGUACACAGGUGGAGGUUAAGAACAAAAAGGGCAACAGUCCACUGUGGCUGGCUGCCAAUGGUGGACACCUCAAUGUCGUUGAUCUGCUCUAUCAUGCUGGAGCUGACAUCGAUUCCCAGGACAAUCGCAAAGUCUCCUGCCUCAUGGCUGCCUUCAGAAAGGGUCACAUCAAGGUUGUUAAGUGGAUGGUCAAUCAUGUCACUCAAUUUCCAAGUGAUCAGGAGAUGACGAGGUACAUUGCAACUGUCAAUGAUAAAGAGCUGCUGGUGAAAUGUCAGGAUUGCGUUAAAGUAAUAAGAGCUGCUAAAGAGACACAGGCAGCAAAAGCCAACAAGAAUGCCUCAAUUUUACUUGAGGAACUCGAUAUGGAGAAGACAAGGGAGGAGUCGAAGAAAGCAGCUGCUGCUAGGAGACGCGAGAGAAAGAAGAAGAAGAAACUUGAGAAGAAGGAGGAGAAGAGGAAGUUGCACGAGGAGAACAAGAAGAAUGAGACAAUCUACGAGGAUAAAGAGGAUGUGAAGAAGAGUGAGGACGAAGAGGAGAGGGGAAAUGAGAGUGACAAUGAGGGAGGUGCUGAUAGCUGCGAGAGAAUGGAUAAUGUACCAUCACCAUCUCCAGUUAACAGGAGUCCUGAUGAUCCUGACAAGGAGGAGGGAGACAGUGGCAUCGAUGCUAAUAGUCAGGGUAGCUGCAGUAGCAAUGAUGUCAAAGCGAGAGAGAGGAAAAAAGAGAAAAAGAAGAAGAAGAAUUGCAGUCCAACGAAUAAUGAGAAGGAUUCGUCACCCAUCAGGGGUAGCAAUGUCUUCACCUCGAGUAUGGGACAGAGUGUCAUGAAGAAUCAGGAGAAGAGAACACCUGUUACUAGCAGUGGGCCAUCAUCAUCUGGAAUUAAUCUACGAUCGACUGCUUCAGCAUCUGGAGGUGAGAGAAAGAUCAAGGGACAGGUGUUUGAGUCAUCCAGGCAUCCCGCCGAGAGAGAGGAUUUCGAAGCAACUGGAAAUGAGAAUUACGUUCCUGGCAAAGGUAAAAAGAGUAAUGGACAGUACGAGGAGGUGUUUAAUGCAUCGGUUAAGGGAAAUAGCUCGACGAGUCCAAAGGGAACGAAGAGAGAGGAGGGAUGGAAGGAGGUUGUGAGAAAAGGUCAGUCCGAUGACUCGAGUAGAUUCAUGAAUUCACCAUUUAGAUCGAAAAAAGUGUCUGUACCACCAAAUGCUAUCAGCAGGGUAAUUGGUAGAGGUGGUAGCAAUAUCAAUGCCAUUCGUGGUGCCACUGGUGCACACAUCGAGGUGGAAAAGCAGAGUAAGUGUCAGGGUGAGAGAAUAAUAACGAUCAAGGGCUCAACGGAUGCCACCAAGCAGGCACACACUCUCAUCGCUGCUUUGAUAAAGGAUCCCGAUGUCGAUAUACUCCAGAUGCUCCCAAAGAGCAAAUUAACAGUCAUAACAUCAUCAACUUGGGACAAAUCAAUGGUACCAGCAGCUGCUGCUAUGAAACCCAAAAUGGGACCCAUUACAAAACCACCAACACCUCUGCCCGGUGCAACUGGCAUUCAUCCAAGCAAAUCGUACACAUCACCUGGUAUAUCAGUACCCCAAUUGGUACCUCUACGCUCCACAUCGUCGAUUAAACUAGCUGGUGCCUUUACAACACCCCUGUCAAGAGCAACAGCUCCACGAUUGAUAGCAGCAUCUGAUAAACGUCAAGUAACAACAUCCACCAAUACUCGUACAACGAUGUCAUACACAUCAGCUAUAAUGACAUCGGGUCGUGCUACUAAAGUCGUAACAACAAGUACAGGCCAGACAUUUGCUGCUAAAUUAUCAGACAUCACUGCCUCACCAAUGCCAGCUCUAACAACAUACACAACGGGCUCAAAGCAGAAAGUUAUAAACACUAUAACUGUGAUGUCCUCGUCAUCAACAACACCGAUGACAUCUCCACAGCAAAUAAUUACAUCACCCAAGCACUGCCGAACACUGCCGAAUUUAUCAGCCCCGACAAUGCAGCAUUAUCAGAAUACCAAGACUUCUUACUCAACGAGUUCAACUGUUAUUCCAUCAUCAACAGCGUCCAAUGGUUCUGAUGGUGGUUUACAAGGUAAUAUACGUGUCACACCAUCACCACCAGCCCCACAAGUAUCGGGUAAUUCCCAGAUUAUUCAGAAUCAGAGCCAGUGCCAGAAUCAGUCGCAAACGCAGCAACAGGGUCAGCCACAGUCGCAGACACAGAGCCACCAGCAGAUGAGAAGUACAACACCAGUACCACAGGCACACGAACAAUCACCACAGCCACAGCAAGGCUCUAUUCCACCGACAACACCAUUAGAGUACUCUCUGUUCAAUGACACCUUCUCCAAGGUGACGCAGCAGUCGAUGUGGGGUCGUGAGAAUGAGUCACACCAGAAGGGAAUGAAUUUUGCAACAGUUGCUGGUGGUGGCUCAUCAGCAACAUCAACAGCACCACCAAAUAAAUUCAUCGACAGUGCACCACCCCAGGCUGAUGCAUCAAAAGCACCAGGAUACAGAGGUACAGCAAUGUGCUCACCAGUAUCCAGCAAAUCAUCGAGCACAACGAUGACACAGGGUGUUACACCAGGAAUGAAUCCUGGUAUUCAGCCACAGUUUCAGUCAACGAUCAAUUACAAUAUCGAGCCAAUACCCAAUAAAUCGACUGGUCUAGCUGUUACCAGGCCUCUUAUCAAUCAGCAGAGUAUCGAGAUGUCUGUGUCUGGUAUGAACUUCAACAGGUAUCCCGAGAUGUCGAGGAGCCAGAGGGAGAUGCCACCGCAGUCACAGAGUGCUCCACCAGUUCAAGAGAGACAGGAUAAUCAGCAUAUUAUACCAUCGAGCUCGCAGGCUAACAUGGAGAUGUUUAAGAGUAACAAUGGUGGCUUUGACUCCACUAUGAAUAACUCGAGACUACUCAAGAUGGUGCCGAAUGAGGGCCAGCAUCUUCUUCCCUUUCAUCCUCACAUGAGUUUUCCACCGUCGAGCCAAUCGAGUGUUAACACAACUGUCAGCAUGUCGAGGCUCAAUCCGAGGGCACCCGAUUUCUCGAGUUCACUUCAUGUUAAUAAUAAACACCAGGUGAUGUUCAAUGCCAGUGGAAUUCAUCCGAAUAUGUUUGCUGUACCACCACCACCCUCUGCUAUGCAGAAUAAUCAUGCGAUGCUCGCUAAUUUUCCUAUUGGUAAGUAUCCAGGUAGGGGUGCACCUGCUGGUGGUAUGGGAAACAGCACUAAUGGGCACAGGUGGUUUGGACCACAUGGGGGACCCAAUUAUCCACAUCAAGAGCCUAUGAUGCCACAGAUUAGUUUUCCUAAUCAUCUGGGAAAUAUUGGCAAUAUGGAGCUCAUUCAGGGUCUUGAGAAUGGAGGAUCACCUGCUAUGUCACCUUCGUCACCUGCACAGGCUGCCCAGGAGAUGAGUCAGAUGAAGAUUGAGGAUAGAAAGGUGCCAAGGCCCAUUGGCACUGAGAGAGCCUGGAAGAAUUAUAAUGCUGGGAUGGGACCUGGUGGCGAUGCCGAGGGGAUGAAUUGGAUGCUCAAUAGUGAUAAGGGUGGCAAUUGGUCCAAUGUUGGUGUUGGCAUGGAGAGACAGGUGUUCAGGGGCGCUGGGUAUGGACGUGUUGGUAAUAUUGAUGCUGAGCUCCAUCAGAUGAUUGAGUCAACUUUUCAGGGUCACAUGGAGAAUCCCCAGGCAUUCCCAAAUGGUACAGCAGCUGCGGGAUUAUCCCUGAUGCCAGGACUCACCCUAAUGCCUGGACAAUUUUCAACACCUCCAGCCCUUCAGGAGCUCCCACCACCAGCUGAGCCAUCAAAAAUGGAAGCACCCAACUGGGGAAUGGAUCCCAACAAUCAAGAUAAGCCGCACCCGGGAUGGAACAACAAAUGGACCCAUUAAAUGUUAGAACAUGCGAAUAAUUAAUACAAAUUAAGACAAAAAAAACCACCAACUGGGAGACGAAGAUGAUACCCCCUUGAAAUAAUGGAGACAGCAAGAGAAACUCGCAAAGAAAAUUAUAAAAAAAAAGGGAAAAAACUAGUAGUUGUAGUUGAUGAAACUGGCAUAAAACAAGAAGCGUUGGUUGUAGACAACACAUUAAUUACAUUACUAUAUUCAUUGACACCCAGACAAAAAUCCAAUAUUACUUGUCAUGAUAGGUGAUAAGAGAAUGGUAAAACAAAUCCUUACUACAAUUUAUUGCUAUUAUUAUCUUCUAAUAUACUUAUUCGAUACCAAUAAAUAAAUUGGAACAAAAAUGGUAAAAUAUAUUAACUGAUUGAGGUGUGGAGUUGGAUAUUGUGACGGCGAUUGGGGCUCAACGAUUUAAGCCUUGGAAUUUGUUGCUGUCCACGAUCAUAAAAUUAUUCAAGAUAAACAAUGAACACACGGGCGUGUUUGUUUUAUUGGUCAAACGCAAAAACCAAUUAUUGUGCGAAAAUAAAUGAGAGAUGAUAAAUAAUAUGAAAUAUACCGUAAAAUGAAAAAUGCAAA